AUCAGCUCCUUUAAAAGUGGUUACCACUCUCUUGUUUAGGCCCUUUUAGUCUCUCUCCCCUCUCCCAUUUCUCCACUUCUCAUACCUUCACUGGACAACAACAAAAGCACUGUUCUUUCUGUGUUCUUUCCUCUCCCGCUAUGACUCCAAAUUACCUAAAUUCACCACCUCCUCCUCCUUUUCCUUUACAGCUCAAUGAAGAUCAACACCAUCAGCUUUUCUUCACUCCAAAGCCUCAACCUUCUUCUUCUUCAUCUUCUUCUCUAACAUGUCCUAUUUUCUUCAGCCCAACUCAGGAGCAAGGUGGAUGUCACUAUAGGGAUUUACACCAGGCACAACCUCAACAAGAGGUAGCUCAUGAUAAAUUUGUUUUUCGGGGUGGAUCAUAUGAUCAUCCAACACUGGAGAGUGAGAGUGACAAUGGCCUCAAGUUAACCAUUUGGAAGACAGAAGACAGAAAUGAAAAUCACAGUGAAAAUGGCUCAGUUAAGUGGAUGUCUUCAAAGAUGAGGGUGAUGCAGAAGAUGGUGAUCUCGGAUCAAACUGGUGCCCAAAAACCAAGCAACACUGCACUCAAUUUUGGAGAUCACAAGCAGCAAUCCUCGCCUUCUGAAACCGAUAACAAUAGCAUCAAUUCCUCUAAUAUCAACAGCAACAACACAAUUAGGGUUUGUGCAGAUUGUAACACAACUAAGACCCCUCUGUGGAGGAGUGGCCCAAGAGGCCCUAAGUCUCUCUGCAACGCCUGCGGAAUCCGGCAAAGGAAGGCUAGACGGGCCAUGGCUGCUGCUGCUGCAGCUGCCAAUGGCACAAUUCUUCCAACCAACACAGCACCCACGAAGACCAAGGCCAAGCACAAAGACAAGAAGUCGAGCAAUGGUCAUGUUUCACACUACAAGAAACGGUGCAAACUGGCUGCGGCCCCAUCUUGUGAAACGAAGAAGCUUUGUUUCGAGGACUUCACCAUAAGCUUGAGUAAGAAUUCCGCUUUCCACCGAGUAUUCCUCCAAGACGAGAUCAAGGAAGCGGCGAUCCUGCUAAUGGCUCUAUCUUGCGGCCUCGUCCAUGGUUGAGUUUCCCAUAGAUCUUCACUCCAAUUUUAAUUAGGCUAUUUCAGUUUCAUGGUUUUUACUUAGACUUAGAGAAUAGUAGUGUGAUCAGUGUCAUGAGAGAUGGAGAGUAAUGAUAAAUCAUGUGAGAGGUACCGCAAAUUCAAUAAAAUCAAAACCAAGGAAUAAACAUUAUGUUUGGUAAUCUUA